AUGUCCGAGCAAUCCUUUUAUCUGGCCCAGGGCCCGCUUGGCCUUGUCGGCGGCUACCAGGGCAAUAGCAGGGCUAUCAAGGUGGUUAUGGGCGCUCUGGUUGCCAUACUCAUGUAUAAUGCAGCUGAACUCUCCGUUUUGAUCCUGCUCACUUUCCGUCGCUACCGGGGACUCUACUUUUGGUCACUUUCACUCUCCACAGUGCUUGGGCUCGUACCCAGUGGGAUCGGCAAUCUCUUACACUUUUUCGCUAUCGGUCCGCUAUGGCUGGCGCUGGCACUAUCCAAUAUCGGGUUCUAUUUCCUGAUUCCUGGGCAGUCAGUUGUCUUGUAUUCUCGACUUCACUUGGUGUUAUACGAUCAGUGUAUCCUGCGACUAGUUCUCUAUGCAGUGGUUAUUAAUACCGUCCUUAUCGGCUUUCCAACAACGAUUUCGACAUUCGGAGCAGCCUUUGUGCGCACGAAUGAUUGGAGCAAGUCUUACAAAAUCAUCGAGCGGCUACAGGUGACUUGGUUUUGUGUGCAGGAGUUCACUAUAUCCCUGCUAUACAUCCGAGAAACCGUCAAACUUCUCCAGCUCAGCCCUGCGCAUAGCACUCGCCGAAGACGAAUCAUGUAUGAGCUGCUGGCGAUCAAUGUUCUUAUUAUUCUCAUGGACAUUUCAGUUCUUAUUGUCGAGUUCCUUGGACUGUAUUAUCUUCAAGUCCUCCUGAAAUGCACCAUCUACAGUAUCAAACUCAAAAUUGAAUUCGCCGUCCUCGGAAAACUUACUGCCAUAGUGGAAGCAUCUCGAUUGGACCUUGCCGAUAGUGGCGUCAAUGAUUUAUCUGAUAUACCGAACCGACAGCAAUUCACUUCAACUGAUCCGGUCCGAGGUGUUCCAGUCAAUCGACUAUCUCUGGAUACGACUCAAAGAUCAAAGGAAAUUGAGGUUUGA